CCUACUUCCUCCCCACGUCCCAUGUGAUCUUCCUCGGUUAGUUUCCAGGCUUUCUGUCGGUCAGCGCGGAGCCGGAGAUGAUGAAUCAGAGGUUUGGGUUGUUGGUUGUUCUGGCCGUGGGCCUCCUCUGCCUCACGUUCACCCAGGUCUCUCGGUCUGAGGACCUGUUUGAGGACGACGUGGACGUGGACAUUGAGGAUGAACUGGCCGGAGUUGGGGACGAGGAGCUCGAAGCAGAAAUAGACGAAGAUGAAGCUCCGCCUGCUCCUAAAACUCCUCCUCCACCAAAGGUGACGUACAAAGCUCCAGAGCCCAUGGGGGAACACUUUUUCGCCGAGUCUUUUGACCGGGGGACACUUGAUGGCUGGGUGCAGUCCAUCGCUAAGAAGGACAACACUGAUGAAGACAUCGCCAAGUACGACGGUAAAUGGGAGGUGGAGGAGAUGAAGGACAGUAAACUGCCCGGCGACAAAGGUCUGGUCCUGAAGUCCAGAGCCAAACAUCACGCCAUCUCUGCCCAGCUGCUGCGACCUUUCACCUUUGACACCAUGCCCCUCAUCCUGCAGUAAGAAGGACACACUCUGUGUGUCUGUCUGUCUGUCUCUG